AUUUUUGCUAAUCAUAUUAUGUCAGGCAAAAAGACAGCGUUACAACUUAUCUAUAUAAAAAUAAUGACUUAAUUACUAACUAAUCAAUUUGUAUACAGCUGAUUCCGAUUGUUUGAAUGUAUGUCGUUUAUUGAAGAAGUUGGCAGAAAACAACGAAAGCUCCGACAAAACCAAGGAUAAAAUACUCACGCCAUUAGAAGUGAAUUUGUACGUGGAUGAGUUCAUGAAAGUCGCCCAAUCUCAUGAACAACUGGGAUUUCUUACUCUGCGACAGCUAUCAGAAGUAUUUAAUUAUUGGAAAACGAUGAAUGAUACAUUGAAACUAAAAUCAGAACAUCUUAAAAGCGGAAAAGGCGAAGGCUAUGUAUUGUACGUGGCGGAGUUCUUGUUGAUCAUGUUGGAUAUUAAACGGCCAGGCAAUGGUCUGACCCUAACACAAAUAAAAAAGUUUGGUAUUUUGUACGAAGCUCAAAAGACAUCCGGUAGAAUUGAUCCUGCGAAAAGUGAAAAAUUGUUCAAUGAUCUUGGUAUAACCGUAAACAACGAAUUGAAACUGCUAUUUAAAUCGGAUGGACGCGUUGGAAUAUUGUUGAUGGAUUUAAUCAUGGCUGCGGCAGAACGCAAUAAGAUUUUAAUGGAGAAUGAUUUAAGAGUGAUAAGUCCAAGCGAGGUCAUGUAUGCCAGAAACGACUUCAAUGAGUUUGACGAUAGUAAAGACGGUGAACUGUCUCCUAAGGAGUAUGCCGACAACAAGGCAUACUUAAACCCUAUUUCAAAAUCAAUGGAACAGUCGGCAAAACCUAUUAUUAAAAACGUAAACUUUGCGGAAUUCUUGGAAAUGCUAUAGUUUGUUGACGAACAUGAUAGCGUAGAAGACUCUAUGACAUCAAGUU